UAAUAACCCAGCGCUAAGGAACAGGGUCUACAAAAAUCUCAAAGGAAAAGCAUCAAAACAGAGAAACAUGGAGGCAUCGAAGACGAUUCAGCAUGAAAUUGGAGGAGUCCAGAAUGACGCUCUCCGGUUUGGCCUCCACGGCGUUAAGAGCGACCUCGUCGGAUCUCACCCUCUCCAAUCUGCUUGUGAAUCUGCAAAGAAAACGGAGGAGUUGAUGAAGAGAAAAGGCCUGGCCAAUCUUUAUGGAACAGCAUUCCCACUUAAAAUGGAUCUCGAUAGGCAAAUCCUCUCACGGUUCCAGAGGCCAUUGCUCCCAUCUUCAAUGCUAGGGUUGGAAGCUUUGACGGGAACUUUAGAUGAUUUUGGUUUUGAGGAUUAUCUGAAUGAUCCUCGAAAGUCGGAGACUGUACGGCCACUGGACUUGCACCAUAUCAUGGAAGUUCGUCUCGGUCUCUCCAAGGGACCGGUCUGUCCUAGUUUUAUGUGAUGUUUUUCACCGACUACAACGUUGUCCCCUGAAGUCACUGCUGAACUUCUGUUUUUUCUUUUUAAUGAAUUUAGCCGUCCUUCCCUUUGUAAACUGCAGCAUCAACAUUUUAUUGUUUGGAGCUUUUGGUUCAAAUUUAAUAAAUAGACUGGAUUUUCUA